AUGAACGUGUUUAAGGAGGGUGGAGAGGUGGAAACUCCUGAAGGCUGUUCUGCAGAUGCAGCUGUCUUCCUGUCUCUCACAUCGGCAGUGUUCCUCAGGGUUACGGACGCAGCGGCUCUGUACAGCAGCAUGGGAGGUUUAUCUGAAACAUCAGGGGAGGAACUUCAGCAUGCUGAUAUCAAGAGUCCUCCAACUGAAUGGCAGAAAUGGCACCUGAUGGCACGACAACUGCACAAGGAUGUGAAAACACUGCAAGAUGAACAGUUUGAGAAAGACUUUACAGAAACCUUGAAUAUGACUUCAUACGAAGAUGUGAGAAUCAGCACUCCCAUCCUCAAACACUCAGACGGAUGUUUCUCCAAAAACUUCAGCACAGAAAGGUGUCUGAGGCGCAUUUACAGUGUCCUGAUGUGGUAUAAAGAGCAUCUGAGUUACACCGAGAGAGAAAAUCUGACCUCAACCCUGAUGAACAACGUCAAACACGGGACGAAACGAUUGCUGGAGUGCAUUAACAGCCAGGUGAGAGACUUGGAGGUUGAGGGCAUCUCCAGCACUCUUCCACCCGUGGCAUCGGCGUGGACGAGCAAGGUGGUCGCACGACUCGAUCCUGUUCAACUUCACCAGCGUCAUGAUGGAUACAUGCCGAGCGAUCAAUUACAUGAGCCAGAGGAAAAGUGGACGCAGUCACCGCGGGACAAACCGAAAGAGACCCAGUGAGCCCGUCUCAGACAAGAACUAACC